GGCCAAACCACUGAGAUAUUUUGCUAACACAGGGGAAGAGUGUAUUCUCAUCCAUCAUUGGUAAUUUUUUUUUAAUCGACCCAGCGCCACCCGAAAGCCAUGAGUUUUCCAGAAGUUCUGGACCACAUUGGUGGCAUGGGACGCUUUCAAGUCAUGCAUGUGGCAUUCCUGGCCAUCCCGCUCUUGAUGCUGGCCAGCCAUAACCUCCUGCAGAACUUCACUGCUGGGGUCCCAGAGCAUCACUGUCAAGUCCAUAUCAACAUCAACAACACUCCUUACACCAACCUCACCGGAAAGCUCGCUGCCAAGGACCUCCUCAGGGUCUCCAUCCCCAUGGACAGCAACCUGCAGCCAGAGAAGUGUCACCGCUUUGUCACUAUGCAGUGGCAGCUCCUAGACUCCAACGCCACAGUCACAAACCUAACCGAGCUGGAGACUGAACCCUGCGCUGAUGGGUGGGUGUACGACAAGAGCAUUUUCACCAGCACCAUCAUUACAGAGUGGGACCUGGUGUGUGACUCCCGGCAGCUGAAGCAGAUGGCUCAGUCCAUCUACAUGGCUGGGGUCCUGGCGGGAGGCAUCAUCUUUGGAAGUCUGUCAGACAGGUUUGGCCGCAGGUCUCCCUUGAUCUGGUGCUACUUGCAGAUGACUGUCACGGGCACCAGCACUGCCUUCUCGCUCAGCUUCACUGCCUACUGCAUCUUCCGUUUCCUGACCGGAAUGGCCUUCUCGGGCAUUGUGAUGAACGGUGUCUCUCUGUCUGUGGAAUGGACACCCACCCGCACACGGGCCAUUGUGGUCACCAUGUAUGGAUACUGCAUCACAAUCGGGCAGUGUAUUCUGCCUGGGGUGGCUUACGCCAUCCCCAAUUGGCGCUGGCUGCAGCUUGUGGUGUCUUUGCCCUAUUUCAUCUGCUUCAUCUACACCUGGUGGUUCGCGGAGUCCGCCCGCUGGCUGGUAAUAGCCGGCAGACCUGACGAGGCAGUGAAGCAGCUCCAGAGAGUGGCCAGGAUAAACCGGAAGAAGGAAGAAGGAGACAAACUCAACAUAGAGGUCUUGAGAUCCAACAUGCAGAAAGAAAUAGCCUCUGCAAAGAGCAGCCAUACCUUCAUCGACCUGGUGCGGACCCCUGUCCUACGCCGGAUCUCCUUCUGCCUCUGCUUUCGUUGUAACAAGGGCAAGGUGCAGCCCGCAGGCGAUGCCAUGGAGGGCUGGACCUUAGUACAGGGAAAGCGGGGCAAGCGGAAGGCUCGAGCUCCGCUCCUGUCAUCCAAUGUGGAGAUCCCCCAGAAGACCAGGAAGGGGGCCACAGACACUGAGUUUUCUGCCUUGCCCAUGGUUAAACCCCCUGCAAUGCCCGAGGCAAGCAUCACCUCGGGCGCUAGUGGGGAGAACCCCAGAGAGGUGGGAGGUGAGCUCCCUUCCAUAUAUGAGGAGAUCGAGGCCCUGGGUCUGACCCCAGUCACCCAUGGGGAGGACGAUCCUCUGCCAGCGGGCCUCCACCUAAGCGACCUCACCCCGGCUCGCCCUUCCUCGUACUCCCUCCGCAUAACCAAUGCUUCCCAUCCCGCCUCAGAGGGUCCCCUGGACUCUUCAACCUGCCUGGCCGUGGGUGGCACCCUGCUGACACCUGCCAAGCCUGUUGAGGAGACGGCCAGUGUCUCACGGCCGGGACCCGAGUUACCAGGGGUAUCCCUCGUUGGUGUGGAGCAACCAAGUUCUUUCCCGGGCAGAGGCCCCACUGAAGAUUAUCCACCUCCUGACGCCGUGGCUGUCACAGCUGCCAUUGAGCCUGAGCCCGGCAUCACUGGGGACCCCCUCCCUACUCCUCAGACCCCUGAGCCCGACCGAGAGCAGCCACCUCCUGGCAGUCCAGCUCCUGUGGCCCAGAAUCCCGCCUCUCUCCCUCUCCCCGACCCUACUCCUGACCCCGUCCCUAUCCCCUCCAGCUCCCGCGAUGCCAUUGCCGCCCCUGGGGCCAUCUCCUUCCCUUUCCCGGAGGAUGACCCCCAGGGAGCAGCCUUUGUGUCUCCCAGUCCCGAACCACUAGGGGCUGCUAUCUUCCCUCCACUGCCACCCAUUGAGCCGGGGUCUGAGGCAGGCCAUGUGGCGCUGGCCCAUCGGGCGCCAUGUUGA